AUGGGUCGCAAGCCUGCACCACAGCCGCUGACGCUGUCGGAAUCCCAGCCUGUCGCCGACCAGCCUGAAGACGUCGUCCCGCGCUCUGCUGAAACUCUCGCCUAUGCCGUUCCUCCAAGCGCCAGCUCCAAAUCGCAAUCUUCUCCCAGAUCCCCGCGCUCUCCCUUUAGGUUCACUCCGAAAAGGCCCAGCGCCAGUGGCAAGCAGUCCCUUCAGUUGACCGACGAGCAUCGAAACUUUGAAGACGACGGCUUUCAGCAGUAUCAACCCAUCUCCUCUGCCCUCCAUCGCGCUUCCGAAGACACGCCCCCUCGCCAGCAUCACCACCAGAACCCCAUCAGCCCCCGGACGCACCGCCCCGACGACGCCCCCAGCAAGACUACCGCCACCUCGUCUUCCUCCUCCAAAGGCGGCGGCUUCUUCUUCAAUUUCUCAAAGGCCUCCAGGUCGUCCCAAUCUCUCGCAUCCUCUCCUUCACACUCGCCUUCACACCCUCAGCGUCAGAACCAGCAACAAGCUCCCAUCCCAAAUACUGACUCGAGGGGCCAAAGUAUGCCGAGGGGCCCCGACAAUGCUCCCAUGGGCAGUGACCAACCCACCCAACCUUCAGCAGAACCAUCCUACGCCGAGCACGCCGUCCAAAAGGCCGCACCCGUUCUGCCGUCCAAGUCCGACUUGUCAAUAGCCUCCGUUGCCGACUACGACCCUUCUCCCGCCCAGCCAUUCUCUACGAAGAAGAGCAAGUCCAAACCUUUCGGUCUCUUGAGCCGCAACAAGUCGCUUCGCGACAAGGACGGCUCAGGUUCCAGAGACAAGCAACCAAGCCCCGUGCCUGUCGCAAUCAACGACCCCGAACCAUCGCAUUAUUUGGCAGGCCGCAAUCACUCGCUCGCUACACCCGCCACCGGAUCCGACAGGUCUCACAAAGAGAUGGUUAACUCGACUGGGCGGAACCGCUCGGAAGACCGCGCGUCGUCUCGAGACAUGGGCAACAAGGAAAACCAGAAGGAAAAAGAUCAUCACCAUCCCCGGUCAAAUUCCUCGUCGCAGAACGGUGGCUUUUUUGGUGGAUUGAAGAGCGGAAGGGACAUGCUCAGCAACCGGUUGUUUGGCAAGAGCGGUCGCAGUGGGAGCACGACGGAAAGGGAGCCAGUCAUCGACGAUGAGCACUACGUACUGAAGACGAUCAACUUGCCUCUUGUUGAACAGACGCGUCGCACACGGAUUUCGAAACGCUUGGAGGAUUCGAGAGACAAGACCGAGUUCUGGAUGCCAGCAUUCCCAUGGCGCGCGAUCGACUACUUGAAUUACAAAGGCUGCGAUGUCGAAGGGCUUUAUCGUGUGCCGGGAAGCGGGCCGCAAAUCAAGAAAUGGCAGAGAAGGUUUGACGAAGAGUACGACGUCAAUCUGUUUGAACAGCCAGACCUUUACGACAUUAACAUCAUUGGGUCCAUGCUUAAGGCGUGGCUACGAGAAUUGCCUGACGAGCUAUUCCCUAAAGCAGCCCAGGAGCGCGUCGCGAGGGAAUGCGUCGGCUACGAAACCGUGCCUCCGCUCCUGAUUGAAGAGUUGUCUAACCUGUCGCCGUUCAACUACUAUCUUCUCUUUGCCAUCACCUGCCAUCUCAGCCUGCUUCUGGCGCACUCCGACAAGAACAAGAUGGACUUCCGAAACCUAUGCAUUUGCUUUCAGCCAUGCAUGAAGAUUGACGCAUUCUGUUUCAGGUUCUUGGUCUGCGACUGGCGCGACUGCUGGAAAGGGUGCAAGAACGAGGCAAAGUUCAUUGAGCAGGAGUACCAGCUGUUCGACCAACCGCCCCCGAAAGGUCUGUCGGAGCCUCGCAAGCCCUCUCGCGAGACUACAGAGGAGCCGGCGCAGGAAGAGCCAGCUCCCACUACGACAGUGGAGGAGAGGGCGGGGUCGUCUUCCGAAAGCAGCAAGCAGUCGAGUGCCAGCACCGAGCAGCAAGCCAAGGACCGACGGCCUAAAAAAAAGCCCCUCCAACUUUCCGAGUCAAACGGUAGCGUCGCAUCCAACUCGACAAUGUCUACGACACUCACCAUUGACAGCAGCCGGGACGCACCCAGGGGCUCCAACGACUUGCGGCCCUUGUCACCCAUCAAACCCCUUUCACCACUCGGUUUCUAG